CGCAGACGGAGGACGCGCGGGAGGGACGGACGCGGGUCGUCGAGGACGACGACGCGGGCGUUGAAGAGGUGGAUGAGGCGAGUGGAUGGGGUGGGCGCGCGGUGCUUCGCAUCGCGCCGUCAAAGGUGACGACUCCGGGAGAGCGCGCGCGCGCGACGUCGCUGUGGUCCGCGGCGGCGCGCGCGCCGCCGGAGGCGAGGGCGAGACGAGCGCGCGAGACGGGUGAUGGCGACGCGAAUGAUGUGGACACGGAACCCACGGCGGGGAUUGAGGAAGAGACACCGAGAGAUGACGUCUCGAAGCGCGUCGUCGAGUGUACGCCCGCGGACGCCGCGGCGGAGCCUUUACGCGAGCCACCGGCGCUUAAACGUCCAGGAGUGCUCGCGGGUCGCGCCGUCGACUCGUCGGGGGUCACCGAAUCCGCGCGCCCAAUUGGAUCGAUCGGAUCCGAUCCGGUCGAGAACUUUGGCGUCGCGCGCACGGCGAUCGACGCCAUGCAACGGGCAAAGGCGCGAAGAAACGCCCCGGUCGGCGUCGACGCGUCGAUGCCCCAGCACGAGGAGUAUAGUCAACCGCAAAAUGAGGACAUCGUAGAGGCCACGCCGGCGGCGACCGACGCGGUCGAGGAAGACUUUAUUUCCCGCGGCGCCGCGGAAGAUGACGGCGACGGCGAUCGCGGUGAGAUCUCGCCGCCGAGUUCGCCAGACAUUGGAAUGUUUUAUUCUCAACGUCAUCUCGACGAGGAAGACGACGUUGAGAAUCAGCCUCAGACGCAGCAAUCGCAGUCGCCUUUCAAGAAGCCUUUAACGCUGACGCAGCCCGAGGUGGAGUCACCCAGAAGUCGAAUAAUGCUUUCGCAGCACCAGUGGCGCCAGCCGCGCCGCAGGGCGCCGCCGCCUCCGAGAUUUGAGGAGGCGACGCCGCCAAAGCGUAUGCGAAUCAUCGACGACGAUUUAUCGCAAUCCAUGACGCAACCGACGCAGGGCGAACCGAGUCAGGGUGGAGAGUUCGUCGAGUGCACGCAACAAGAAAACGAGGGAGGCGUGCUCAGAUCUAGAAUAACCAGCAUACCAGCGUCCGUGGUUUCGCGCGGUGUGGCCUCGAGCGGUUUACGAUUGGCGGCUAUUUCACCGACGAAUGCCGCCAUCGCCGUCACACCUUCUAAAGACGAAGUAGUGCGACCGCUUCCGACUUUGGGAUGUCCCAAGUGUAGAUACUCUCGCGGAGGGUGCGGGAGAUGUCGCUUGAUUUUGGAAAACGCCAAGAAGGGAAUCUGGCCGAAACGCCGCGGGCGACCAUCGACGGGAACGAGCGUCGCCUCAGCGUCGGCAUCUCGCGCGGUCACGCGCGUGACGACGAAGUCAGCCACGAAGACGCCGUCGUCAAAAACACCGACGUCAAAAACACCGGCGUCCGUGCGCUCGAAGCGUGCGCGCGACACCAAAAAGGCGACGGUGAAGCGAUCGGAGAAAUUAUUUGCCUCGCUUCAUUUUCUGCUGUCCGGUUUGGAUAAGCCGCAAGGUUCGACGACGAAGGAACUCAUUCGCGAACACGGAGGGUUCGUGCUCACGGCGCCUUCCUCUGACGUUUCGGUGAACUCGGUCAUCGUCAUCACACCGAAGAUGGGACGAACGAUGAAAUGUCUCUACGGCGUCGCGGCGGGGACGCGAUUUGCCACGCCCUCUUGGGUGGAGGCGUGCGUGGAAGCGCGAGAGCUCAUUGAUCUGGACGAACCCCUCGAUGACAACGGGCGAAUGCGAGCUAAGCAUCGCUCGUCCGCCGGUAAGCUCUUCCGAGAUGUCAAGACGGCAAUCACAGGUAAUGACGCAUUCGUCAAGGAUUUCACCUCGCUCCUGCGGCACGCCGGCGCGACGCUCGAACCCAACCCGCAGACCGCCGAGCGCUUUGAUUACCUCAUCAUCCAGAGCGGAGAGAAACCGCACUCGGCGUGGAUUCGCGCGUCGAAGCGGCUCGACGUACCUUGCGUUCGCCACGAAUGGCUCGUGGAAUCCAUCCUCGCCGGCGAACUGUUGAACUCCGAUUCAUUCGCCGUCGACGCGUCCGCGGCGCCGCCGCCACCGCCCAGAUUUUCCAUCAAUCCCGAGCGACGCAAGGUAGCACUGUAA